AUGGAAGCCAUUGUUGACAGAGUCAGUGGGCUAUUGGGCUUUUUGGCCUCUAAAGAGCUUGAUCUCAUUAGUGAGUUCCGAGAUGAUUUGGAGAGCAUGAAGAGCAUGAAGCUAAAAGAUGUGCUGUUUGAUACGGAAGACUUGUUAGAUGCCAUUGAUGAGCCUGCCAGGGAAGCAAUGACCAAAGACAAAAUGGUGGAGGAGAGGCAAACCCACUCAUUUAUGAGGAAGGAAGAUGUUGUAGGGAGAGACAAUGAAAGGAUGCAAAUUGUUGACAUCCUUUUAAACCCUCUUGAUGUGAAAAGUAACGUUUUAGUAGUAGCCAUAGUUGGGAUUGGUGGAUUGGAGAAGACCAUACUUGCUCAACAAGUCUAUAAUGAUGAGGCUGUCAAAAACCAUUUUGAGCUAAAGAAGUGGGUCUGUGUUUCUGAUGAAUCGAAUUACGAGAUUGAAAGAGAAAUACUAAUUCGGCUGUGGAUAACUGAGGGGUUCGUUCAACCCUUGGAUAAAAAUAGGUGCUUGGAAGAUGUUGGCGAUGAGUAUUUCAAGCAGUUGUUGUCGAGGUGCUUGUUUCAAGAUGUGGUGCAAGAUUCUCUUGGCAACAUAUGGUCGGAACUUCCUAGUGACUUGAAGAGAUUGGCAAGACUCAGACAUCUUGAAUUGGAUGGUUGUUGGCACUUGCUACAUAUGCCAUGUGGUUUGGGGUGUUUGGCUAAUCUCCAAACACUGGCAACAUUUAUUGUGGAUGAAGUGAGUAGUGGUGGUGCAAGGAUAAUUGAGCUAUGCGAUUUGAUUUGUUUGAGGGGAAAUUUGGAGAUUACAAAUUUGAGAUGCCAAUGGAGAAAGGUAAAGGAGGUUGAGUCAUCAAAGUUUCUGCUUCACAUGUCAUACCUUAGAGGACUGGCCUUAGGCUGGGGGCAUCUUCACAUUCACCUCUAG